AUGCCUAAAGUGAAGAAAGACAUGUUUGUAAAUUUGACCAACUCUUCGCCUGAUAAAGUACGUGAGAUAAUCACUGUAGGCUACCAAUUGUUGGAAACCAAAUUCAUUUUACUUACAAUGGAUUCCCCGGCUGGUGCUGUAUGUAGAAUUAGCCAUUUAUAUCCUUUACAAUUUCCAGAUGACGCAGAACUCAUCACUAAACAACUACCACAGAUUUUAAAAGUUGUUUAUAAAUCACGUUUAAUAAUGGAAAAUGCAAGGCUGCUCACAUUGGAUAAAGUCAUAGCAUUCGAU